AUGUUCUCAAUGUUAGACGGUGACUGGGACUUGAACGAUGUGUCCCAAAUAACUUUUCGCAAAAUCAACUUCAGCAUGGACGCCGCGCAGUGGACAGUAGCGUGUUUCUUGCGGCAAGCAUGGACAUUCGUCCCUCCAACACCAGACUGUAAAGACGUCGGUCCCGUCAUGAAACGAUAUCAAGAUCUACCGGAAGAAGAGCAAGCAAAGUUACCACUCAAUUCAGACACGAAAACACUCCAUAAUCCCUGGAGAAACGAGAUAUACUGGUUGUGGAAUCAUCUAUUCUAUGACGUUGGAAAUUUUCUGGAUGCUGCGUAUGGGAUGGGGAAGUUUUAUCCUCCGAAUGAGGAUGUUUUUGGGCUGGAAUUCCCUAAACCGCAUCCGGACGAGGAAAGUGAGAAUGUGCGAGUCUUGGCCAAGGUUUGGGAGACAGAAGUUAUCUUCUUGCCGACGUACUUAGCUCCUGGUGUGACGGUGAGAGUCGAAACUUUUGGUCCGGGAGAAGAAAAUGGAGUUUUGCGCAAUGUUGUCAAAUUGAGGGGGAAGUUCUCGAACGAAAAGGACAAGUUGGCGCAGGCUUGGUAUGUCACGAAGGGAUUGGAGACCAGGUUUUAUAUCGAGGGUGGAGACAAUCUGACCACUGAUGGGUGGGCUGCUGUCAUAGUCUAUGGGAAGAUUGUUGAAGAGUCCUAG